AUGGCGGCCAAUUUUAUCGAGCUGGUGCGUCUGCGCUCCACCUCCAAGCCCGACGUGUACAUCUCUUGUUGCAACCCGGAAAAGAUGGGCAAUGCGGCCGACAUUGCCUACGGCGGCUGCGUCCUGGCGCUCUCGGUGCAAGCGGCGUUCAAGUCGAUCGAGGCGCAAAAGGAGUUGAUGCACUUCGAGAUCUACUCAGUACUCGGCAACUACCUUGGCCCGACAUACGCCAACCGUAAAGUCAAACUGACCGUCACCACCAUCCGCAACACACGCUCGUUCGCCACUCGCUUCAUCACGGCUUCCCAACGCAUGGACGACGGCAGCGAGCGGAGCACUUUUUGCGCCACGAUCGACUUCAGCGCACCCAACAAGAUCGACACGGCCAAGGCAGGUGCUCCGUUUACACGAUACAGCCGCAAACCGAGGAUGCAGUACGCCCCGCCCGAACAGCUGCCCAGCUUGGAGGACAUUUCACUGCGCAAAGUGGAAGAGGGCAAGGUGGAUCGUGCUGCUGCUAAAACCUGA